AUGAAACUAAUUGUAGCUGGCUCAACGGGCUUCGUCGGUAAAGAAGUCAUUCGUCAAGCCCUCCGUUAUCCGACCAUCACGUCCGUGGUCGCCCUCGCACGCCGCACGAUCACAGUUCCAGAGGAUGCUGGUAUUGAUACCUCCAAGCUGAAAUGCGUCGUCUGUGAUGAUUUUGAGAAUUAUUCUGAAGAUGUCAAGAAGGAGCUCGUUGGUGCUGAUGCUUGUAUCUGGCUUGUUGCGAUCACUCCCGCCAAGCUCAACACGAUGCCAUUUGCUGAAGUAGAGAAAAUAUGUCUCGAUUAUACCGUGAAGGGUAUUGAAACGAUGUCUCCAAUAGCAUCCAAGCCUUUCCGGUUCAUUUAUGUCAGUGGAGUCAACGCCGAGAGAGACCAAAAUAAGAAGCCUUUUCUCAUGGGCAACUACUCUUUGAUGCGCGGGAAAACAGAGAGUCUCGUGCUCGAGUAUGCCAAGGAGUCUAGCGGUGCGGUGGAGGCGUGUGUCGCGAAACCUGGGCUGAUCGAUGCACCUGGACAUUCAAACUUUGUGCAAGGGAUUAUGAAGUCGGUGUUGUGUGCUGUAGUUGGGCUUCCUAGAGUUGAGUUGAAUCAGAUUGCCAGUACAUUGAUACAGCAGGCAGUCACUGGCAUUGAGAAGGAAACACUGUUGAACGAGGAUCUAGUGAGGAUUGGGUCUAAGGUCCUAGAAGAGCGGGGUCUUUCAUCAUAA